UUCUUCUUCUUUCAGCAGAUUUGUUUGUAGGGGGGCCGAGGCGAUUUCGUUUGGCCCCCUUUUUUCACAUCUCCGGAGAGCGUCAGAGGAAUAAAGUCAUUUCACAUUCACCGGAGCUCCCAUAAUAUAACAGCAAAGAUCCAGCUUUUUUUUUCUUCUUCUUCUUUUAAAAAAAAAAAUCUCAUCACAUAAAAUGGCAACCAGGAGUGACCACUGUGGAUCAAAAGACGCAUUUGGGCGCAAACCGAGGCCGUGGAGAAAUUAAACCACCUGAUGGGCACCGGAGAAACCGAGGAGAGACUGUUUCGGGGUCGCUUGUUGACUUGGUGAUUUAUAAUGCUGAACAAAUAAUAAUAACAACAACAACAACAACACAAAAAAAAGGGGCGCUGCAAGUUUUUUGACACAGAGCGUCUGCGUAACAGGCUAUGACACCGGCCCUUACACACAUUUCGGUUAUGGUAAUGAUGUCAUAAAAUAUUGGAGAGGCCUGUGCCUAAAAGGGGAAGACAGGCUGAUCAAUAUCUCCUGUCAUGUAAGUAGCCACAUGGACUGCACUUCAACAUGGACCUAAUUGAGGUGUGUUUGUUAUUCUGACAUAUUCGCAACUGAUUGGUCGAACCCGGUUGAUGCCUCAUUUUCUCUCUCUGCGCGCUCUGAGCUGCAACUUUUAUCCUCUGGCCUGCAUCCACGUCGCCCUGAGGCGGUUACCGUAGCGCUCACGGACCGAACCGCUCGUUGACUUAAAAUGGAGUUUGCCAUGGUGGGUGCGGACGGCGGGUGCAAUAGUCACCUGCCUUACGGAUAUGCCCAAGCUCGCGCACGGGAGAGAGAGCGCGAGAGGGAGCGCCAGGUUGCCCAGUCAAGAGCGGCGGCGGCGGCGGCGGCCGCGGCGGCUGCAGCCGAAGGUGGGUCCGGUGCGGAGGGAGGCGGUGGCGGCGGCAGUGGUGGUGGUGGCAACAGCGGCGGCGUUGGGGGGUCCACCUCCUCCUCCUCCUCCUCUUCCUCCUCCUCCUCCUCCUCCACCUCCACCUCCUCGAGCGCUCAUCUCCUUAACAACCGCCAGCAUCAGUGUCGCGCCGCCUCCUCCUCCACAAACGCCAACAUCAGCAGCGGCGGUACCGCCUCGCGCCCCUCCUCCUCCUCCACCACCACCUCCUCCUCGCAGCCGCCACAGCACCAGCAGGAGCCCGAGCAGCAGCAGCAGCAGCAGCAGCAGCAGCAGAGAGUUCUCAGAGAGCGGAAAAAGCAGCGCGGCGUCGGACGGUGGAGACGCAGCCGGACGACUCUCGGCGGAGACCUGCGCCACUCGGAGCUGGCGCUGCUCGGAUCCGAGGAAGACAUCAUGAUAGAGGAGGAAGAGGCCGAGGGAGCCGAGGAAGAGGAGGGGGGGGAGGAGGAGGAGGGGGACAGAGGAAGCAAGAGGUCGAGUUUUCUGUGUAACAUGGAUGAUGAGGAGGAGACCGUGUCGCUCACUGACAGGCGCCCUCAGUCCGGGUACGAAAACGUUUACAGCGAGUGCGGCUGCUGCGAGAGAGUUGUCAUCAACGUGUCGGGUCUGAAGUUUGAAACUCAGCUGAAGACUCUCACUCAGUUCCCGGACACUCUCCUGGGAGAUCCCGACAAGCGAAUCAGGUACUUCGACCCGCUGAGGAACGAAUACUUCUUCGACCGGAACCGACCGAGCUUUGACGCCAUUCUUUACUAUUACCAGUCAGGGGGGCGUUUGAAAAGACCAGUCAACGUCCCGUUUGACAUCUUCUCCGAGGAGGUGAAGUUUUAUGAACUCGGGGAAGAGGCUAUACUCAAGUUUCGGGAGGAUGAGGGUUUUGUCAAAGAGGAGGAGAAACCUCUUCCAGAGGACGAGUUCAAGCGCCAAAUUUGGCUGCUUUUUGAGUAUCCGGAGAGCUCGAGUCCCGCCAGGGGGAUCGCAGUCGUGUCCGUCCUGGUCAUAGUUAUUUCUAUUGUCAUUUUCUGCCUGGAGACGCUGCCGGAGUUCAGGGAUGAAAAAGAGUAUCUACAGCCACGACAAAACUCCACUCAACCUGACCACGGAUUUACUCCUUUCAACGACCCGUUUUUCAUCGUGGAGACUGUUUGCAUCAUCUGGUUCUCCUUUGAGAUUAUAGUCCGCUUCUUUGCGAGUCCGAGCAAGCCGGCUUUCUUUAAAAACAUUAUGAACUCAAUAGACAUUGUAUCCAUUUUGCCUUAUUUCAUAACUCUCGGCACGGACCUGGCGCAACACCAAGGCAACGGGCAACAAGCGAUGAGCUUUGCCAUCCUGAGAAUAAUCCGCCUUGUCAGGGUGUUUCGCAUCUUCAAACUGUCCAGACACUCCAAGGGGCUGCAGAUCCUGGGUCAUACCCUGCGCGCCAGCAUGAGGGAGCUGGCCCUCCUCAUUUUCUUCCUCGUCAUAGGUGUCAUCCUGUUCUCCAGCGCGGUGUACUUCGCCGAGGCGGACGAGCCCACAUCUCAGUUCACGAGCAUCCCCGACGCUUUCUGGUGGGCCGUGGUGACCAUGACGACGGUGGGCUACGGUGACAUGAAGCCCAUCACCGUCGGUGGGAAGAUAGUGGGCUCCCUCUGCGCGAUAGCGGGCGUGUUAACCAUCGCGCUCCCGGUGCCGGUCAUAGUGUCCAACUUCAACUACUUUUACCACAGGGAGACCGAUAACGAAGACCAGACGCCGGUGGUGGAGAGCAUGCCCCCGGGGUGCCCGUAUUUCCCGGACUUUCUAAGGAAAUUCAAAGGCUCGCCCUCUGGCUCCUCGCUGGGUGACAAAGCGGAGUAUAUGGAGAUGGAGGAAGGGGUGACGGAGUCGCUUUGCGGGCUGGACAAGAGCCCAAGUAAAGGAAACGGCACAGACAUAGGGAGAAAAAACAGUACUAACUCGAAAUCCAUUCAGACUGACGUGUGAUUACAAGUAGAGUUUCGUUUUUUGUUUGUUUUUUUUUUCGUUUUUUUCUAAGGAAGAAUUCGCCCUAUAAAGACACUGUACGCCCAAGAGCAGGUGCCCUCCCCCCUCGCUACACACACACACACACACACAACUUUUACGCACGCAUCAGAGCCCCCCGUCCCCCUACACACA